CAUCUCCCGGAUUUCAGCAGCCUCCACACCCGCUCCAUAACCCACAAGCAUGUUCCUCGCAAAGGCCAUCCUGGAAGGUGCAGAUCGGGGUCUCGGAGGGGCUCUUGGAGGCCUUCUUGGAGGAGGUGGUCAGGCAGGAGCAGGUAGGGGCAACAUCGGAGGGAUCAUCGGAGGAAUUGUCAAUUUUAUCAGUGAGGCCGCCGCAGCUCAGUACACCCCAGAGCCGCCUCCCCCACAGCGGCAUUUCACUGUUGUGGAGGCCUCAGAAAGUGACGAAGUCAGGCGUUUCCGGCAGCAAUUUACACAGCUGGCUGGACCCGACAUGGAGGUGGGUGCCGCCGACCUGAUGAACAUUCUCAACAAGGUCCUCUCUAAGCACAAGGAGCUGAAGACGGACGGUUUCAGCCUUGACACCUGCAGGAGCAUCGUGUCUGUCAUGGACAGUGACACGACUGGGAAACUGGGCUUUGAGGAAUUUAAGUACCUGUGGAACAACAUCAAGAAAUGGCAGUGUGUUUUUAAGCAGUAUGACAGCGACCAUUCUGGCUUCCUCAGGAGCUCCCAGCUACACGGGGCCAUGCAGGCAGCAGGCUUCCAGCUAAAUGAGCAGCUUUACCUAAUGAUUGUCCGUCGGUAUGCUGACGAAGACGGCAGCAUGGACUUUAACAACUUUAUCAGCUGCCUGGUUCGCCUGGAUGCCAUGUUUCGAGCUUUCAAGACUCUGGAUCGUGAUAGGGAUGGGCUGAUUCGGGUUUCCAUCAGGGAAUGGCUGCAGCUGACCAUGUAUUCCUGAAAUGGAGACAGAGAGGUAGAGACUCUCCCUGGAGGACAGGGCUGCAGAAAGCCUUGUCAUAUGCACCACAGCUCUUAUCUGACCCUGGUGGGCUCUUUUAUAAUGCUGCAUAUUAUAUUCCUGAUUGUAGUCUACCCUUCACUGAUUAAU